GAAAAAGGGAUAGAACUGACGAGAACUAUAAUAAAGCGGUUAAAAACUUUACAUAAUAUUAUAAAUAAAUAUAAUAAUAAUAUAAAGCCGACGUAUAUAUCUAAGUCCGCUUUAAAAAUAGGCACUAUAAGUAUACGUCUUUUAAUAAGCCUAAGUUCCUUAGGUCUAGAGCUAAGUUAG